GCAAGGCGAAGCAAGCAGAGCUGAAGGAGGAGAGCACUUGAGGCCUAGCACGAGAGAGCACACAACAGCGACGGCAAUGGCGUCCAUGGAAGUGGAGCAGGAUCUCCCGGGCUUCCGGUUCCACCCCACCGAGGAGGAGCUCCUCGACUUCUACCUCGCCCACAUGGUCCACGGCAAGAAGCUCCACUUCGACAUCAUCGGCACGCUCAACAUCUACCGCCACGACCCAUGGGACCUUCCUGCGAUGGCGAAGAUCGGGGAGAGGGAGUGGUACUUCUUCGUGCCGCGGGACCGGAAGGCCGGCAGCGGCGGGCGGCCGAACCGGACGACGGAGCGCGGGUUCUGGAAGGCCACGGGGUCGGACAGGGCCAUCCGGAGUUCGGAGAACGCCAAGCGGGUGAUCGGGCUCAAGAAGACGCUCGUCUUCUACCAGGGGCGCGCCCCGCGGGGCACCAAGACGGACUGGGUCAUGAACGAGUACCGCCUCCCCGACUACGGCACCGGCCGCGGAGCGCCGCCGCCUCCCCAGGAGGACAUGGUGCUGUGCAAGAUCUACCGGAAAGCCACCCCACUGAAGGAGCUGGAACAGAGAGCCUCUGCCAUGGAGGAGAUGCAGAGGCGCAGCGACGCUGCACACUACACGGCCAGGGCAUCCCUGACCCAGGCCUCGGCCUCCGCCGGCGACGACUACCUGUCGUCCGACGACAGCUUCCUCUUCCCCUCCGCUUCCUCGUCGCCGCCAUCGGGCGACAGCUACAGCGCGCACAAGGAAGCCAAGCAGGAAGCGGCAGAAGCGACGGUCACGGUGGCGUCGACGUCUCUGAUGCAGGCGGCGAACAUGGCCGUCAUGCAGCCCCCGGCGGUGAGGCACGGCGACCUGCCUACCCUGCAGGUGCCGACGAACCAUGGAGCCCUGGACUGGAUGCAGGACCUGUCCCAGCUACGCAGCCCGUGGCAGGACCAGUUUUUCUUGUCUCCCUUGGCCAAUCUGCUCUCUUGAAGGGUUUCAAAAAUCUGCUCUCUUGAAGGGGACAAUACUGGAAGAAGGUGAAGUGUCCCAAUCUAGUCGCGUUAUCAGAAUGCGUUUCAGGUUCAGCUUUGCAAGGUGCGAGCUGCAAGCGUGAUGCUAGCUUAGAGGUGAAACCGGUUGUACAUACUGAAUAUUAGUUUUAGAUGCGAUUAGUUAUUGUGGAUGCCUUUUGGUAUGUUAUGUUUGACAUGACUGAAAUCGCAAUAAAUUAACUGAGAAUUGGUGGUUCUGUUUGCUACGUUCUACAAUCCUGAUCCUUCAGAAAACAAAAUACUUGAUGAA